AUGGGCUCUAAUGAAGAACCAUCCCCGCCAAUAUCAAACCAAAGCAAACCCCCCGGAAUCCGGCUAGCCGAACACAUCAAGAAAUCGAAAAUCUCGUACAAGACCCAUCAAGCCAUCGUCCUAGUCAUCACCUUUUUCGCCUACCUAACCUAUCACGCCACCCGUAAAACCUCUAGCAUAGUCAAAAGCGCCCUCGACCCGCAAUCCCCGAACAUUGACCUAAAAUCCCCCUUCUCGUGGGCCUAUUCGCGCCCGUGGAUUCUUGGAGUUGGGUGGGCCCCAUUUAACGGGCCCAACGGGACCUCGCUUCUCGGUGAACUAGACGUUGCCUUUCUAUUCGUGUACGCCGUGGGAAUGUACUUCUCGGGCCACGUGGGAGAUCGAGUGGACCUUAGGGUUUUUCUCACUAUAGGGAUGGUCGGGACCGGUUUGUUUACUUCCCUAUUUGGGGUCGGGUAUUGGGCAAACGUACAUUUUUAUUACUAUUAUUUAAUUGUUCAGAUGUCGACCGGCUUGUUCCAGUCGACCGGUUGGCCUUCGGUGGUGGCCGUGGUCGGGAAUUGGUUCGGGAAGAGAAGGAGAGGGCUCAUUAUGGGGAUUUGGAAUUCGCACACGUCGAUAGGAAACAUUAUAGGCUCGGUUGUUGCUUCAGUUUUGUUGAAGUACGGUUGGGGUUGGUCCAUGGUGGUCCCCGGACUUGGCAUUGCCUUUGUUGGGAUAUUGGUCUACUUUUUCUUGCCCGUUAGUCCCGAGUCGGUUGGGGCCGGCUUGGACGAGGAAGAUGAUUUGUUGAUGUCGUCACCGAAGAAGUCUCUUUUGAGGUCAAAUUCGGAUGACGUGGACACUGUCGGGUUUUUAGAGGCGUGGAGGAUACCUGGAGUCGCCUCGUUUUCGUUGUGCCUUUUCUUCUCGAAAUUGGUGGCGUACACGUUCCUCUACUGGCUCCCGUUCUACAUUAGCCACACCGGGGUUAUCGGGGGAAUUCUCGCGGGCCACAUUUCCGACUGUCUAAACGCCCGAGCCAUAACAGCCGCGAGUUUCACGUACUGCACAAUCCCGGCUCUCUUCUUGUACAGGAGCCACGGCCACGUGUCGAUGGGCCUGAACGCAAUCCUCAUGAUAGUAACGGGCCUGUUUGUAAAUGGGCCCUACGCGCUUAUUACGACAGCUGUCUCGACUGACUUGGGAAGCCACAGCUGCCUGCAAGGGAAUUCGCGGGCCAUCGCCACUGUCACAGCCAUUAUAGACGGGACGGGCUCGAUUGGGGCAGCCGUGGGCCCGCUGCUGACUGGGUACGUGUCGGGAAGGAGCUGGAGCGCGGUUUUCACGAUGCUGAUGGUGGCGGCAUUGGUGGCAGGGCUGCUGCUGACGAGGCUGGUCAUCGAUGAGGUGGCCGCCAAGAUUCGGGGGCCGAGGACAGCUGUACUGGAUGUAUGA